CGCCCCGCCUGGCGGCUUCCUCCGGGCCCCGCUGGCACCGAGGCGGCUGGCAGACAGCGGAGCCGGGAGCCCGGGAGCAGGCGGUGGCGGCAGCGAUGGCGGGGAAAGAGCUGGAGCGGUGCCAGCGGCAGGCGGACGAAGUGACGGAAAUCAUGCUCAACAACUUUGACAAGGUCCUGGAGCGGGAUGGGAAGCUGGCAGAGCUGGAGCAGCGUUCCGACCAACUCUUGGACAUGAGCUCAGCGUUCAGCAAGACAACCCAUACCCUGGCCCAGAAGAAGCGCUGGGAGAACAUCCGGUGCCGAAUCUACUUGGGGCUGGUGGUGGCUGGUGGCCUGCUCAUCAUUCUGAUUGUGCUUCUCGUCACCUUUCUCCCGAACAGCAGUGAGGACAGUGGUGCACCGUAGUCCCAGGAAGCAGGCACUGCCUCAGGGACUAAGGACUGAUCUAGCUGCGCCUGAGGGAGAGGCUGAAUGGCUACACUGGCUUGUUCUGGUUGCCAGAGGAUCCUGGUGUUUGUGCCUGUCUGAGCCACCCCGGUGAACGUUGAAGGGCAGCCCCAGUGUGUGCAGCUGCCAUGCCAUAGACUGACCUUUAACAGCUGCCUGCUGCACUGGUUCUGCCAGGCCAACCUCCCUGGAGCUCAGUAAAAGCUGCUGUUGGGUUAAAAGCU